AUGCGGUGGUUAUUAGUUGCCGUUGCACUCUUUGCCACCAUGGCGGUGGGUUUGCAAGCCCAGUCCGACACGCUGCCUUUCCUGUUCGUGUCCAAGUCUGUCUCGGACGACUACGUGGUGGUUGGCAACACCGUGGAGUUCACUGUGACCGUGUACAACUACGGCCAGAGCCCAGCUGCGGACGUCACCAUCACCGACGUGCUGGUCGACGGCACCACGCGGACAAAACGUGUCGACAUGCUCUCCUUUGGCGAGUCGGCGGUGCUGAAGUACACGGUGACGCCGAAGGACCUUGGCAACUACGCAGCCACUGUCGCGGAGGUAACGUACGCCCUGGAGAAGGGGAAGCCAGCCACUGAGAAGGCGUACAGCAAUGUCAUCCGUGAGGGUGACGCCUACUUCCUCGGCGAAAGCUAUGACGAUGAGAGCUUCCGUGGUGUGGUCUCAGUUGUAACGCGCGAGCGCUACGACCGUCUGCACAAACGUUACCUCCGUGAGGUUGUGGCGUACGCGUUUUUGUGCAUCAUUCCUGCGCUGUUCCCGCUCGUUGUGUACCGCGCAGAGCAAAACCAGGUUGACCUCCUGAUCCGCCGUUCAAAGCUGACCAAGUAG